AUGGCGAUGAGAGCCAUGAACUCCGAGAAUGAACGCCAAAUCCGAAGAAGUUCUUUUGAAGUGGAAACUUAUGAUAAGCUCAUAGCCUCCAACAAGAAACUCUCCGAGGAAGUAGCGGAAAUGCAUAAACAUAUACAGGAUACCAAGUCAAUUGGAGCGAAAGUAACUAGUUUGGAGUGCAAAUUUUGUGGUGAGUCUCAUGAUAGUAACCAGUGUACUGUCAAUGAUGAUGUUAGCAAGGUCAGAGCAUUAACUCCUGGAAGAGGGGCUCCAACCUCAGAACAAGGCCCUCUUGACCAGCCGCAAAUUGUUGUAAAGACGGUUGGCAAGAAGAGUCUAGAGGAGCUGAUUGAGAGAUUCAUUGAUCAUACAUCGAGCAAUUACAAGAGCCAUGAUAUGGCUAUAAAGAGCUUGGAGAGUCAAUUGGGACAGCUAGCAAAGCAAAUGUCCGAGAAUCACCAAGCCACUGGUGAGGCUGAGAUUAAAGUGGCUAAGGGAACUCUAACUUUGAAAGUAGGUGAAGAUGAGGUCCUCUUCAAUAUUUUUGACUCUUUGAAACACCGAGCGGAUGAGGAAGUUUUCCGAUGUGAAGUAGUGGAUGAGCUCGUGUGUGAAGAGUUUGUUAGGAUAUCUAUUAAGGACCCCUUGGAAACAACAAUCAUGGAGGGGUUAGAGAUAGAGGACCAAAAUCUUGAGAGAGAACUUGAUUCUUUGUACCAUGAGGUGAAUGCUACUCUAUCUCAAUUAGAAUCUGUCUCAUCUCUUGCCACCAAAAGCAUUUGGAAAGAAGAAUUAACUAGGGAUGAGGAGAUUCCAAUUGAGGAGAAGAGUGAGCUCAAGUCACUCCCUUCCUCUCUCAAGUAUGCUUAUCUUGAGGAAGGUGAGAAUAAACCUGUUAUUUUGAAUAGUGUUCUCACUCCCUUGGAAGAAGAGAAACUCCUCAGAGUUUUGAGGGAUCACAAGUCAGCUUUGGGUUGGACUAUUGAUGAUAUCAAAGGUAUUAGUCCUGCGAUAUGCAUGCAUAAAAUUUUGUUGGAAGAAAAUUACAAACCUAUAGUCCAACCUCAAAGAAGACUUAACCCUUCCAUGAAGGAUGUGGUGAGGAAAGAGAUAAUUAAAUUGCUUGAUGCAGGUGUGAUUUAUCCAAUUUCGGAUAGUGAAUGGGUAAGUCCCGUUCAAGUGGUUCCCAAGAAAGGAGGCAUCACUGUGGUUGCCAAUGAGAACAAUGAGUUGAUUCCCACUCGUCAAGUGACGAAGUGGAGGGUUUGUAUUGACUAUCGGAGGCUGAAUUCGGUAACUAGAAAGGAUCAUUUUCCUUUGCCUUUCAUAGAUCAAAUGCUUGAUAGGUUGGCUGGGCAUCAAUACUACUGUUUUCUUGAUGGCUAUUCCGGGUACAACCAAAUUUGUGUUGCACCGGAAGACCAGGAGAAGACGGCAUUCACUUGCCCUUACGGCGUGUUUGCUUAUAAGAGAAUGCCAUUUGGGCUUUGUAAUGCCCCAGCUACUUUCCAAAGGUGUAUGUUUGCUAUUUUCUCUGACUUGAUAGAGACUUGCAUCGAGAUUUUUAUGGACGACUUCUCUGUUUUUGGUCCAAAUUUUGAUGCUUGUCUAGGGAAUUUAGCCUUGGUUCUGAAAAGAUGUCAAGAGACCAACUUGGUCUUGAAUUGGGAGAAAUGCCAUUUCAUGGUUAGGGAUGGCAUAGUUCUUGGACACAAGGUGUCCGAAAAGGGGAUUGAGGUUGAUAGAGCUAAGAUUGAAGUCAUUGAAAAGCUCACUCCCCCGACUAACAUCAAGGGUAUUAGGAGUUUUCUCGGGCAUGCUGGAUUUUAUAGGCGGUUUAUUAAAGACUUUUCCAAAUUAGCUAAGCCUAUGACCAACUUGCUUGAGAAGGAAGCACCUUUUACUUUUGAUGAGAAUUUAAUUGUUCAUACUGACCAUGCUGCUUUGAGGCAUUUGUUUGCUAAACAGGACUCUAAGCCAAGGUUGAUUCGAUGGGUUUUACUCCUUCAAGAGUUUGACCUUGAGAUUAUUGACCGGAGAGGCAAGGACAAUAGCGUGGCAGACCAUUUGUCAAGAUUGGAAGGUGGGGCGUGCAGCCCAAUACCUAUUCAAGAGGAGUUCUCGGAUGAGAAACUCCUAGCUGUUUCCACCAAGGAACCCCUACCCUGUUAUGGUGGACAUUUUAGUGGGGAGAGGACUGCUGCUAAGGUUCUCCAAAGUGGUUUCUAUUGGCCUACGCUGCAUAGGGAUAGUAGAGCUUUUGUUGAGAGUUGUGAUAGAUGUCAACGAACUGGUAACAUUUCAAGGAGAAAUGAGAUGCCCCUAAAAAAUAUUUUGGAAAUUGAGUUGUUUGAUGUUUGGGGCAUCGAUUUCAUGGGACCUUUCCCACCUUCUUUUGGUUGCCAGUAUAUUUUAGUGGCUGUUGAUUAUGUUUCCAAGUGGGUUGAAGCCUCUGCACUCUCAACAAAUGACUCUAAGGUGGUGGUUGCUUUUCUAAAAAAGAACAUUUUUACUAGGUUUGGUGUUCCUAGGGCGAUUAUAAGUGAUGGGGGUACCCACUUUUGCAACAGAGCUUUCGAGUCUCUCUUGGAAAAAUAUGGUGUAAAGCACAAAGUGUCUACCCCCUAUCACCCCCAAACUAGUGGGCAAGUUGAGAUUUCUAAUCGGGAAUUAAAACGUAUUCUUGAAAAGGUGGUAAAUUCUUCCAGAAAGGAUUGGUCAAGGAAACUUGACGAUGCUUUAUGGGCUUACCGAACCGCUUUUAAAACUCCGAUUGGUACUUCUCCUUUCCACUUAGUCUUUGGGAAAGCGUGUCACUUACCUGUGGAGUUAGAACACAAGGCCUAUUGGGCCAUAAGGAAAUUGAAUUUUGAUUGGAAAGUUGCUAGCGAGAAGAGACUCUUGCAAUUGAAUGAGCUUGAUGAGUUUCGACUCCGAGCUUAUGAGAGUGCUAGCAUCUACAAGGAAAAAACAAAGAAGUGGCAUGAUAGAAAAAUUUUGAAUAGGGAAUUUGUCUCAGGGCAAUUGGUGCUACUCUUCAAUUCUAGAUUGAGACUUUUCCCUGGAAAACUCAAGUCUAGAUGGUCUGGACCCUUUGUGGUCAAGAGGGUGUUUCCUCAUGGUGCUGUUGAGGUUGAAAACCCAGAGACCAAGAAUAUUUUCACUGUGAAUGGGCAGAGAUUGAAGGUGUACCAAGGUGGUGAGGUGCUGAAGUUGGAAACCAUGUUUUUCAAACCUCCUUGA